UAGUUACAUCUGUAUGCAUUAAUUGAUUAGUACUAUUCCUUUUUCUUUUAAAGGCAUAAACUAAAUAUUAUAUUAUUAAUAAAUUAAUUUCCCGGUUCUAUAAAGCCGGAAGUUCGUGUGACACCGAAACCAGAAUUAGCCCUUAGAAUUGCCAAUUGCUUAAGAGUCUUUGAAAAGUGUUGCAAUGGCUGAAAAUCUUGGAGAGGUGAAGCUUUUGGGAGUUGUGGGAAGCCCAUUUGUUUGCAGGGUUCAGAUUGCCCUUAAGUUGAAAGGAGUUGAAUACGAAUUUAUUGAAGAGAAUUUGGCAAAUAAGAGUGAUCUGCUCCUCAAAUACAACCCAGUUUACAAGAAGGUUCCUGUGUUUGUUCACAAUGGGAAACCCAUAUCAGAGUCCCUUGUGAUUGUCGAGUACAUUGAUGAGACUUGGAAAAACAACCCCAUCUUGCCCUCUGAACCAUACCAAAGAGCAUUGGCCCGUUUCUGGUCCAAGUUCAUUGAUGACAAGAUUGUGGGUGCUGCAUGGAAAGCUGUUUUCACCGCUGAUGAGAAGGAGCGUGAGAAGAAUUUGGAAGAAUCAUCUGAGGCUCUGCAAUUUCUUGAGAACGAGCUGAAGGACAAGAAGUUCUUUGGAGGAGAGGAGUUUGGCUUGGUGGACAUUGCUGCUGUCUUCAUAGCAUUUUGGAUUCCUUUGAUUCAAGACAUAGCAGGGUUGAAGAUAUUCACUAGUGAGAAAUUUCCUAAGCUCUACAAUUGGAGCCAAGAAUUUCUCAACCAUUCAGUUGUCAAAGAAGUCGUUCCUCCUAGAGACCCACUUUUUGCCUUUUUCAAAGGUCGCUAUGAAAGCCUUACGGCUUCAAAAUAGAUGAAUUUGUGUGUGGGGCUUAGAAUUUCUAAGGAGAAUUAUAUGGACUAUUUGUUUGUGGUUAAGUUAUUGCUAUUAGGAGGGUUUCAUUUCUAAUUGAUACCUGUAAUCUAGGAUUUCUCCAUGAAAAAGAAAUUCUAGGAUCUUCUUCACAUUUUACUAUUUUAAUUAAUAAAAAAAAUAGCUUUCUCUCUUUCAAAAGUUCUUACACUUGAUGGCCGUUUUAUAAAUUUUGGGCUAGUCUUAUCUGCCCUAAUCACUUAUGAUUUAUUUGCUGUUGUAGUGUUCAUGGUCUAACAAUGAUUUAGCUUAAAGCCCAACUACAAAUAUGUCAAAAACGUAAGCUAAAAAGAAAAACAAUUGAUAGACAAAUUCAAACUGGAAUGCAAAUUCGACCCAAAAAAAGAAUAUACACAAACAAAUACUACCUCUUCGGCGUUUGCUGUUUUGUCUCGGGCCGUUCGGCUUUAGCUUCGUUGCCUUUUGGUGGCCCCAUCCAAUAUAUUCUUAUUCUUGGCCCAAAAUAAAUUUGUUCAGAAAUAAGUUGGC